CCCGCGCACCACGCCGCUCGCGCCGGCCGCCUCGCCUGCCUCCGCUACCUGGCGGCCGAGGCCGCGCUGCGCGGCGACGCGCGGGCGCGCAACGGGGCCACGCCGGCCCACGACGCCGCCGCCACCGGCAACCUCGCCUGUCUGCAGUGGCUGCUCACGCAGGGGGGCUGCGGCGUGCAGGACACAGACAACUCCGGUGCCACUAUCCUACAUCUCGCAGCCCGAUUCGGUCACCACGAGGUGAUCGACUGGCUCCUCCGCUUCGGAGGCAGCGACCCCACGGCAGCCACGGACACGGGAGCGCUACCGGUCCACUACGCUGCGGCCAAAGGGGAUUUCCCCUCCCUGCGACUUCUCUUAGGACACUGCCCAAGCACUCUCAGUGCCCAGACCAAGACCGGUGCCACCCCUCUGUACCUCGCCUGCCAGGAGGGCCACCUCGAGAUCAUCCAGUACUUGGUGAAGGACUGUGGGGCUGACCCCCACGUGCGCGCCAAUGAUGGCAUGACCCCACUGCACGCCGCAGCCCAGAUGGGCCACAACACCGUCAUCGUCUGGCUGAUGAGCUUCACGACGGUGAGCCUGUCAGAGCGGGAUGACGACGGGGCCACAGCCAUGCACUUCGCCGCCAGCCGCGGCCACGCCAAGGUGCUGAGCUGGCUCCUGUUGCAUGGGGGCGAGAUCAUGGCAGACAGCUGGGGCGGCACACCACUGCACGAUGCUGCUGAGAACGGCGAGCUGGAGUGCUGCCAGAUCCUGGUGGUGAAUGGUGCCGACCUCAGCAUCCGCGACCAGGAUGGCUACACGGCAGCUGACCUCGCUGACUACAAUGGCCACAGCCACUGCGCCAAGUACCUGCGCACCGUGGAGAACAUGAACGUGGAGCACCGCGUGCUGUCGCGAGACCCCUCAGCUGAGGGGGAGUGCCGGCAGCCCGACUCGGGCAUGUCAUCGCCCAACACCACGGCGUCAGUGCCCCAGGCACGCUUUGAGGUGGGCUCCCCUGCCAGCACCCUCUCCAACUAUGACUCCUGCAACUCCAGCCAGUCGAGCACCGGAGAGAAGAGGGGUGGCCCCCACGGGGCCCCCACAGCCCGGGUCCCCGAGCCAGCGCUGACGGACAUGCAGGCGUACAUGGACAUGCUGAACCCCGAGACGCGGCCACGGGGCAGGGGGUCAGCAAGUGAGGGCCCCCCACCGCCACCCCCCAGCUUCCCCCCGCCACCACCCCCACCUGCCACCCGCCCGCCCCCGCCGCCCCCCGGCUACCCUGCGCCUGCGCCCCCCGCCUCCCCCGACACUGCCGACAUCUACGUGCGGGCCAAGAACAACCUGCGGCACGUGGAAAGCCAGGCGCUGCGCAGAGAGCUAGCAUCACACGAGGGCAGCCCCGAGGGCCUGCGGCGGGCCGACUCCACAAGGCGGUCGAGGAACUUCAGCAAGCAGCCAAGCACGGGCGAUUACUAUAAGCACCUGGGGCCCAGUGCAGCGGAGCUGCCCAGCCCCCGCAGGAUGGCACACAGUGAGGAGGCCUCUCCCCUCUCCGCGGACAUCAUGCACAAUGGGGGCCCGGCAGAGAGCAAGCCUGGCACUGAGCUGCCGCCCCCACCGCCGCCCCCGCCGCUGCCCGAAACCGCCUGCCUGCCACCGCCGCCACCACCUCCGCCAGCCGAGGCCCCCACCGGGCCCCGCCGCUCCUCCUCCUCCACGGGAAAAGGAAAGGCUUUGAGACAGAUGAAGAGCACCAAGUCGUUCAACAUGAUGUCCCCCACCGGCGACAACUCGGAGCUACUGGCCGAGAUCAAGGCUGGGAAGAGCCUGAAGCCGACGCCGCAAAGCAAAGGCUUCACCACUGUCUUCUCCGGCAGUGGCCAGGCAGGAGCCAACGCCGAGUCACCGGUAUCCUCCCCAUCGCCCACCAGGACACCCACCCCGCCGGCCACCCCUGAGGCUGUGGGGCUGCCGCGCAACGUUGCAGGGGGCUCGCCAGAGCCGGUGCUCAAUGGGAGCUCACCGGUGCCAGGGCCGGGGGCUGGGAGUCCGCCAGACGUGGAGGCGCUGGUGCCGAGCCACGACGAGCAGGGCCGGCCCAUCCCCGAGUGGAAGCGGCAGGUGAUGGUGCGCAAGCUGCAGCUCCGCAUGCAGGAGGAAGAGGAGCAGCGGCGCAAGCUGGAGCCUGGGAGCGUCCUGCCGCCCCCGUGCUGGCGCUACUCCCCCGCCCACGGGGGCAUGCUGGGACCCUUUGGGCAGCUCAUGACGGAGGAGGACAUUCUCCGCAUUGAGAGGCAAAUCGAAAACCUGCAGGUGAUGCACAAGGUGCAGACAGUGGAGACAGAGCUGGAGCAGCUGGAGGAGGAGCUGCAGCAGCUCCUGCCGCUCCCGGCCACCCUGGCCCCCGAGCGCUUUUCCCUGGACCCCCGGCGCCUGCAGGGCCAUGCCGACGACCUGCCCGCGUGGUGCAGCAAGACCUCUGCGCUGCUGAGGAGCAUGGCCAUGCUGCUGGCCACUCUGGGAGGCCGGGAGAGCCCCGGGGUGGGGGGAGUAGCGAGCAGCACUGUGCCCCAGAGGUCCCCCCCCACUGGCCCAGCCGGCACCCAGCAGGACGCCCGGUGUGAGAUCCUGCACUGUGGUGUGUCUGUCCGCAGCCUCAAGGCCAACUAUGAGGGGCUGGUGGGAGCCCCCGUGCCCCGCACCAGGGUCACCAAGCGGAAGCGGUCACUGCCCCCAGGAGCACCUGUGGAGGUCUGCACCCGUGAGCCCAUCCUGGAGGAGGAGUACAGAGAUGGGGACACGGAUGGGGUGCUGCGGCGCAGCCAGCCAGUGCAGACGGAGCUGAGCUGCUUGCAGGAGCGCAUUGAUGCACGGAAGGAGCGCGCUGUCUCCCUCUUCCUGGAGCACUGGAAGAAGUGGGCACUGGCGGAGGCACCUGGUGCACACACCCAUGGGGACGAGCGGCUGCGGCGCCUCUGGAAGCAGCGACAGGCGGUGGGGAGGCUGCUGGCGCACUGGAGGAGCGUUGCCCACCGUGUGCCCGGGCGGCAGAUCCGGCGGCUGAGUCGCACUGAUGUGCUCUACUGGCCCGAGCACUUCUUGCCCCAUGUCCGAGGCUCACCCGUGCCCUACGACAGCCUCUCGCUCGACCUCUUCAUGCUGGGCUAUUUCCAGCUGCUGGAGAUGAACCUCAGCCCUGAGGAGCGCCGCUUCCGGCACCUGCUGUGCUACGAGAUGUUCGACCGCCUGGGCACCCACAGCUGGGAGUGCAUCCGACGCUUCCACCGUGCCGUGCUGGAGCGGGUCGAGGCUGGCCACCGCUGCUGGCUCGACGGCUUCGAGGACCUCAAGCAGGAGUUCUUUGGGGACAGCCCCACAGUGCCCACGGCAGCAGCGGUGGAGUCGAGUCCUUCAUCCCCCAGUCUGGCAGCCACUGCUGCAGCCCAGGGAGGCAAGGAGCCAGCCCAGCUGGUCUCGGAGCUGGGGGAGUUCAGUGACGAGGACAUCUGCCGUUACAUCGACCGCAGCUUCUCCUUCUGGAAGGAGAAGGAGGCAGAGAUGUUCGAUAUCUGAGCUGGCUGGGAUACUGUGGCAGCAGCAGGCCCUGGGGCCGUGGUGGUGGCAUGGGGCUGGCCGAGUGCACGUCUGGGGCAUGCAGCCAGGAGAGGCUCCGGGUGCAGCCGGGCAGCGGGACCUGUGCAUGGGCACAGCUCAGCUGCCCUCACGGCAGCAGGACCAUGGGCCGGCUCUGUAGACCCAUGGGUUUUGCUUCAUGCCCUGGGAGCAGGCCCUGGUGCCCAGACCCCGCGGAGGUUCUGUGGCCAGCUGUGUGUCGAAGUUGCUGUGUGCCUCUUGCCGUGGCUGUGUGUUGUGCUGGGGGCACAGCUCCCCUUUGGUGUGCUGUUUGCGGUGCCGGGGUGUCAUAGGCCCCCACAUGUCCGUGCAAUAAAGCUGUGUGUGCUGUGAAGGGCUCAGUGCUCCGCACGCUCCUUGGUCGCGUGUGCUCCCUGCACUGGGAUAACGUGGACAGC